UUGUUUUUAAGUUUGUUAGUUUAAGUAAUCUAAUACAGGUUUUAAUUACUAUUUAAACGUAAACGUACAAAUGAACAUCCUGUAUAUGGCGCAAAAUUGCUCAAAAGUUGCAGGAUCGUAUUCAAUAAAAAGUCGAUAUAAAUAGGUAAUUGUUUUAUGUUCAGAAAUGUAUGUAAACAUAAAGAUUAAUAGAAAAUCUAAAAUGAAAACAAACAAUGUUUUGCUUUUUACAGUUAUUGCGUUUCUGUAGUUAAAACCCGAUUUUGUUUCAAUGUGGCUUACGUUUUUUUAUUAGCAAGUGUUUUUGUUUGCCUUGAGUGUCUAUUUUAUUAAGAACAACAGAAUCAUGAAAUUGUCUGAUAACACCAGACUCGUUUUAAAUUUAAUCAUUUUAGUGAUGACAAAAAGUGUGAUAAGUACCACGACUUCCUGAAAGAAUUCCAGUUGUUAAAUGUGUUGUCUAACGAUAAGACAUGUAUUUAAAAGUGGUAUGUUAAGAUUGCAAUAUAAUAGGUACCUAUUCUUUGCUAAAACUUUAAUACGAUUUUAUAAUUAAUAUAUAAUAUCUGUAAUCAUUAUAAUAAUCUUCCAAACUCAAGUGAUAAGUGAUAUGAACAAUAAAAGCCAGUGAAUGCAACCAAAGAGAAAGUGAACCACUCCUAAGUUUCCUGGUUUAAUGGUUUGCGGAUAACGAAGUGAGGUGGGGAGAACUAUUUUUAUUUCAUUACUACAUUUUGAAUAUUUCUGCAAAACAAGAAAUGCCUUUUUCAAGGAUCUUUAAAUAAUAAUGUUAGUUUACUUCGCGAAAAACUCUUCAUGUAAUUCACAUAUUAAGUGUUCAUAACCUUGGUGAUGGAACGGUACAGCAGCAGCUCUCAAAAAAUGAGACACCGUUCGUUUUUAAAGUAUUUUGUUUCUGUUUGUCUUCUGUUUUUGAUUUACCAAUCAAUAAAAACAAAUUCGGCUUUAGAAAAGUUGGAAAAAUUGAAUGAGAUUGUGUCUGAAAAGCAGAUUCAGCUUGCAUUACUGGCCACAUCAAUACCUCCGACAAAAAGCAACGAUCCAAUAGUAGUUUAUGCCAUAACCCCAACCUAUGCACGACCUGUACAGAAGGCUGAGUUAACACGAAUAUCUCAAACACUAGCUUUAGUACCAAAUAUACACUGGAUUGUGGUUGAAGAUUCUGAAGAGAAAACAACAAUUGUUAAGAAUUUGUUGAAUGAUUUAACCUAUCAAUAUACUCAUCUAGUUGCAAAAACCCCUUCGAUUGAAAAACUGAAAGCACAAGAUCCACGAUGGAAGAAGCACAGAGGUGUUGAGCAAAGAAAUGUAGCACUGAGGUGGUUAAGAACAAAUUUAGUUUUAAAUAAAGAUAAAGGAGUUGUAUUUUUUAUGGAUGAUGAUAACACAUAUAGUGUAAAAUUAUUUAAAGAGAUCGAAAAAGUCAAAAGAGUUGGAGUUUGGCCUGUUGGAUUAGUUGGUGGAUACAGCGUAGAAGCACCAGAACUUGAUCCAAAAACAGGUAAAGUGGUGGGAUUCCUGAGCGGUUGGAGAUCAGAUAGACGAUUUGCUAUCGAUAUGGCGGGUUUUGGAAUAAAUUUAGAUCUUAUUUUGUCUAAACCCGAUGUCGAGUUUUCGUAUUCUGCACAAAAAGGGUUUCAAGAAAGCGAAUUUCUUGUUAAAUUCACUACGAAGGAAGAACUGGAACCUCUGGCCGAUAAUUGUACAAAAGUCUACGUGUGGCACACGAGAACAGAGAAACCCCAAAUUAAAAAAUUCGUCGAUGGUUUCGAAGUGUGAAUUACAACACUCGCUUCAGAUUGUGAUACGUAUACAUAUAUUUAAUUAAUUUUUUUGCAAAUGCUCAAUUAUUAUUUUAACGAAGGUUACAGCAAACACAUUUAUUUUUUCUUUUUUUUUUUAAUCUUAUUUUGAUUUACACUAAAUUAUAGUAAUUUAAGUAAGGAAAGUGAUAUGAGCUAUACGGUUUAUUUUCCUUAAGUUUUAAUUUCUAAUUUUGCGCGCAUAAAACAGGAGUGGGGGGAGGGAGUGAAUGAAGGAUUGUCUGUGUUCACAUGUAGAGAAUCUCAAAUCGAUUUUUUCGCUGCAAAACUCAAAAUUUUGCAAAAAACGAACAAAUGCAAUUUUUUCACUACAAAACUCAAAAUUUUUCAAAAAACAGACAAAUGCAAUUCUUUCCAAAAAGUUAAGCUGUAUACUCACCUGUAUAGGAAACAAAAAUAUGUAUAUACAAAAUUGUUACGAAAUAAUCUGUGGUUUACUUAAGAAAAAUGCGGGAGUUAAUUUAUACAUCAUGGAAAAUCCACACUUUCUUUACAUGUAUGUGUAUAGUUUAUAGUUCGGUUGUGGAAAAGAAUAAACGUCCGCAUUGUGAUUUUUUAAUGAUUGUGAUAUUUUUUUCGAUACAAAGUUCACAUCCUCACUAGCUGUUUCCCCUAAUUUAUUUUAGGUUUGACGUGACGUAUAAUGAAUAAAAUAAUCACACACAAUAACAUUAUUACAUAUCUUAAUUUACAAACAAUAACUGUAUUUUAUACAUACGGCUUUAUGUAGCGAACGAAAAUACAUAUAAGCGUUAGAUAAGUAAUACCAAUCGAAAUGUAUUUUUUUGUUCCCAGUUUUGUAAAUUAACAAAAAUCAUUUUUUUUGAAUACGUAAAAUUUAUGUAAUAAUCACUUUUGCUAUCUAACGAUAACUUUUUAAUGAUUUACAAUAUGCAUUCACAUUUUGAAGUACUCAAGCCAAGACAAAAUUGUGUAAUUUUUAAUGUUGUCUCUUUAAUUGUUCAUUAAUUUCGUUAUUUAUAAUAAUUUCAACAGUAGAGGUAUUUCAGAGUAUCAUGAGCCUUCACUCAUAUUGUCCAUUACGAAAACAUUGACUCAACCUUUAACUAUGUGCCUCGUUAUACAAUCGGCAAUGGAGCUCCAAAUAAACUGUAAACAAUUACGGCCAAUGUUUUUAAGGGGUAGAAAUCUAUGAAUGGGCUGGGUUUUGUCAGUACUCAAUCCAAUGCCAAAGUUCAUGAGAUUCUGAACUGCUUCUACCAUUUAAAGUUGGAGUGAUUAAAAUCAGUGACCUUGAACAAUAAGAUGAAGUGGACUUAAGUAUAUUUUUAUCAGAACAAAAUGCUAUUCAUACUUUACUUUUCAGUAAUAUGUAAUAAGGAAAACGGCAAUCGGUAAUUGGUUUCAUAUCAUUUUGUAUACUACAUUAAGGCAGUGCCAUUUAAAGGAUGUGUGUAUUUUUAAGUUUAUUCAAAGGAGUGCAUUUUAAUGAUGUAUACCCACACACACAACAUACACAAAUCAUGUCCAUUUCGUAAUAAGUAUUUAAUAGAAUAAUUCGGGUAGUUUACGAAUGUCUGUAAAGUUUUUUAUUUUAUAGUACCUAUCUAGUCGUUUAAAAUGCCUUUUUAUGUAUGUGUAACAAAUGUAUUUGUUCAAGCUUCAUUUCUUGAUUGAUCAAAGGAAAACUUAAUUAUAAAACUAGAAAUAAAUUCGUCAGUAUA